AUGGGUAAGAAGCAGCAUCAGCAGGAUAAACUUUAUUUGACCACAACCGAAUGGAAGGAAUCGUUUGGAGGGCACAAAGAUGAUACGGGCACCAGAAAGCAGCGUGCCGACUUCAAAAGACUACCGAUCAACCACUGCUCAGUCUCUUUUCUGCCCUUCGACGAUCCAGUCUGUACGCCCGAUGGAGAGAUUUUCGAUAUUGCCAACAUUAUCCCCUACAUCAAAAAGCACGGUUCGAACCCGGUUUCGGGAAAGAAGCUCGCCAUCAAGGAUCUUGUCAACCUGAAGUUCUGCAAGGAUGAAGAGGGCAACUUCCAGUGCCCGGUGACGUUCCGCACUUUCACGCUCAACAGCAACAUUGUGGCUAUCCGAACAACGGGAAACGUCUAUUCCCGUGAAGCCGUGAACGAAUUGAAUUUGAAGAGAAGCCAUUUAAAAGAUCUCCUUGAGGAUGUGCCAUUUUUGCGCACUGACAUUAUCACGCUACAAGACCCCCACAAUCUCGACAAAUUUAACCUGGAACAGUUCCACCACGUGAAGCUCGAUCUGAAAACGAAAGAGCAGUUGGAAGACGAAAAGAAGGAGAUGGCGAAGCCGGAAUACCGGAUCCGAAGAAUGAACAACGAGACGAAGGAGGCUUUGGACCAGCUGAAGAAGGACUACGUCCCGAAGAAGUUCGAGCACGCCGCAGAGGAGACUGCCGAUGCCAUCAAUGCCGCUCCCUGGACCCAGGGCCACGUUUCUGCCGGAUUUACGAGUACGGCCGUGACUCCAGCUACAGAUAAUAAGGCUGCCGUCCUCGCUGAUGAUGUCGUGAAAUACGCACGUGUCAAGAAAAAUGGCUAUGUCCGGAUCGUCAGUAAUCACGGCGCCAUCAACCUCGAGCUUUUCUGCCAGAAAGCCCCGAAAGCAUGCGAGAAUUUCAUCACAUUAUGUCGGCGGGGCUACUACAAUAACACGCGGUUUCAUCGUUUGAUUAAGAAUUUUAUGAUUCAAGGCGGAGACCCAACGGGCACAGGCCACGGUGGAGAGUCCAUUUGGGGUGGCAAAGGCUUUGAAGACGAGUUUAAUCAGGGACUAUCGCACCACACACGUGGUAUUUUGAGUAUGGCGAACAAGGGUAGCAACACCAACCAAUCUCAAUUUUUCAUCACUUUCCGACCUUGUAAAUAUUUGGACAAUAAGCAUACGAUCUUCGGCAAAGUUGUCGGAGGACUCGACACGCUAAACUCGAUUGAAAAGGUUCCUGCUGAAGCCGGCACCGAUAGACCAAUAGAAGAAAUCGUCUUCAUGAGGGCUGAAGUUUUCGUCGAUCCCUUCGAAGAGGCCGAACAACAAGUGGCUAAGGAGCGCGAGGCAUUGAAGGGUGGAAAAACAGGAGAAGGAGACGCUGAAAAGCCGAAAGAAAAGCCCAAACCGAAGGCAUACGGGACCGGCAUCGGCAAAUAUAUAAAGCCGGAAACGAAGCGAACAACGGAUCAAUUGACGGCGGGUGACGGGCCAGCAGCGAAGAAGAAAAAAGAUUUACGGACGAAUCUCGUUGAUUUUAGCAAGUGG